AUGGCGGCGACAAUGCGUUGGGGCCGCGGCGCGCUCGUGGUGGCGGCGUUCGCGGCGGUGGUCGCGGUGUCCGGGCUCGGCGUGGCGGCGAACUACGGCGCCCCCGGCGGCGGCGGGUUCUUGUUCCCGCAGUUCUACCAGCACACGUGCCCGCAGAUGGAGGCGGUGGUGGGCGCCAUCGUGGCGAAGGCGCACGCCGAGGACCCGCGCAUGGCGGCGUCGCUGCUGCGGAUGCACUUCCACGACUGCUUCGUGCAGGGCUGCGACGCGUCGGUGCUGCUCGACGCCGACGGCAGCGGGCGGUUCGCCACCGAGAAGCGGUCCAACCCCAACCGCGACUCGCUCCGCGGGUACGAGGUGAUCGACGAGAUCAAGGCGGCGCUGGAGCACGCCUGCCCGCGCACCGUCUCCUGCGCCGACAUCGUCGCCGUCGCCGCCAGGGACUCCACCGUCCUCACCGGCGGGCCAGGCUGGGAGGUGCCGCUCGGGAGGAGGGACUCGCUGACGGCCAGCCUCAGCGGCUCCAACAACCUCAUCCCGGCUCCGAACGACACCCUCGCCACCAUCGUCGGCAAGUUCCGCAACCAGGGCCUCGACCUCGUGGACCUCGUCGCGCUCUCCGGCAGCCACACCAUCGGCAACUCCAGGUGCGUCAGCUUCCGCCAGAGGCUGUACAGCCAGAACAACGACGGGAAGCCCGACUUCACGCUGAACCCGGCGUACGCGGCGGAGCUCCGGGGCCGGUGCCCGCGCUCCGGCGGCGACCAGAACCUGUUCGCGCUGGACCCCGUCAGCCAGUUCCGGUUCGACAACCAGUACUACCGCAACAUCCUCGCCAUGAGCGGCCUGCUCAACUCCGACGAGGUGCUGCUGACGCAGAGCCACGAGACGAUGGAGCUCGUCCACCGCUACGCCGCCAGCAACGAGCUCUUCUUCCAGCAGUUCGCCAAGUCCAUGGUGAAGAUGGGCAACAUCUCCCCGCUCACCGGCCACAACGGCGAGAUCAGGAUGAACUGCAGGAGGGUCAACCACUUCUAGAGUUGACCUAGGCCACUCCAAACCCAUUUGCUUCUUAAUUUAUUUGUUUUGCAUGUUUUGAUUUCUGCCCUUGUGUUUGUGUGUGUGGUUGCAUUUCGACAAACCUGCACCAUAAUGGUUGCUUUGUGAUUGUGUUUUGCUUUGUUCCUCUCCUCGUUAAACUGUUGAUAUAGUUUUCAUGAGUGUAAUUUCUUGCAAAUGUAUCGAGAAAUGGCUGGUCCAAUAAAA